CUUACAAUAGAGAAUGUCCUAGAUGAAUGGCGGACAGGCGAGCGGGAAGAUAUCCAGUUCACUGCCAAGCUCUACCAGGCCAAGUAUGACCGGCACUUGUACGAGUUGGAGCGGUUCCACGACAAGACGAAAAGGUAUAGAAUCAUUCCUUCAAUUCAAACUGACCUCUUGAAUCAGGCAUGUGAGAAUGCUCGGGCUCCCGUGAUGGAGCCGAGUGACCUGGGUCCCGGCCUGAUGGAUGAUGACCUUGAACAGGCGAUACAGGAUUGGUUGGCGCGGCGUGGUGGAGCAAGUGACGAUGAUCAGGGUGGCGAUGUGCGACAUGAGGCAGGUCUGGAAGCUGUUGAGGACAGAGAGCAGGCUGUCCCGGAUGAUGAGUAUUAG